AUGAGUUGCCACAGCCUGACACCCAAGCCUGACUCUCAGUCACCUUCUCUGCCCUGGCGCACAGGCUCUGAAGUGGAAGAGAAAGGAUCAAAUCAGGAAGCCCCAUGGGCAAUCAAGGAUCUGAUCAGGAAGCCUCUUGGGCAGCCAAAUCCAGAGAGUCAGGAUUCCAGGCAGCUUUUUCUACAGAACAGCCACAAGGUUUGUGAGAAUUCAGGGCCUGAGGCCUCUAACUUCUUCCAGAGAGAACUCAGACCAAAAUGUCUCCUGCUGCUAAGGGCCAUUCCCACUCCACCUUGGACAUGGGGUUGCCAGCCCAGAGGUCAGCCUGAGGAUAAGGGAGACUCUAGUGCUUUCUUUGUCAAUAAGACAAACCCACAGACUCCGGAGAGAGUGCAGAAGAGGGCUUCAGGUCUCCCAGAGCUGGAGUUACAACAGUGGUCUUCCCAAAUCACCAUACCUGCUCUGCUUCAAGAUGGUAAUGCUCAUGACAAACCUAAAGAAAACAGUUACACUCCACACACCCUCUCAGGUCAGCUUAGAAAUGGAAUCUUUAUUUUGGAGAUCCUGCUAUCCAUCUCCAACUGCCUUGCCUUCUAUGAGGACCUUUUCAGGUGCUUCCAGGACCCUGAUUAUGAGACCUUCCUCCUCAUAGCCCAGAAUGGGCUCCAUGCCUCCCCACUGCCCAAGAGUGUGGUGGUAAUAGGAGCUGGCUUAGCAGGCCUAGCAGCAGCAAAAACCCUCCAAGAUGCUGGUCACAAGGUCACCAUCUUAGAGGCCAGUAACCACAUUGGAGGUCGGGUGGUCACAGUCAGAAACAAGACGGAAGGCUGGUACUUCGAACUAGGACCAAUGCGAAUCCCAGAAAGCCACAAGCUAACCCACGCCUAUGUCAAGAAGUUUGGCCUGAAGCUGAAUAAGUUCAUCCAGUAUAAUAACAACACCUGGUACCUAUUCAAUGGUCAGCGUUAUCGUGCCUGGGAAGUCCAAGCUAACCCGGAGAUCUUGGGCUAUUCCACGGACCCCACAGAGAAGAACAAAACUGCCCUAAACCUCUUCUACGAAGCAAUCCUUAAGAUCAAACAAGAUGUGAAGACAUUCAACUGCAGCCAACUGAUGUCCCUUUACGACUCUUAUUCUACCAAGGCUUAUCUGGUGAAGAAAGGAAAGCUGAGCAAAGGAGCAAUCAAGAUGAUCGGGGAUUUGUUGAACGAGGACCCUGGAUACCACAAGUCCCUCCUGGAGUCCCUAGAAAGUCUUAACACCUUCUCCAGAACUGAUGAAUUUUCAGAGAUCACUGGUGGCUUUGACCAACUCCCCAAUGGCUUCAAUGCUAGCCUGAGGUCUGGCACCAUCCGUCUGAGAUCCAGAGUGGAAGCAGUGGCGAGGAACGGGUUGAAGGUUGAAGUUCUGUACCGCACCGAUGAGCCCAUCUUCCCACUGCGCAAACUCACUGCUGACUAUGUCAUCAACUCAGCCUCCGCCAAGGCCACACGCCUCAUCACCUUCCAGCCACCCCUGUCCCCAGACAAAGCACAUGCCCUGCGCUCCGUACAUUAUACUAGUGCCACCAAGGUGGUUUUCGUGUGCAAUGAACGCUUCUGGGAACAGGAUGGCAUCCGGGGAGGCAACUCCAUCACAGACCGGCCCUCGCGCUACAUUAUCUAUCCCAGCCACAGCCUGCCAGGUGGCAAGGGCACGCUGCUGGCCUCUUACACUGUGGCCGAUGAUUCUUUCUUCUUCGCUGCCAUGAAGCCCGACCAGGUGGUGAAUAUUAUCCUGGAUGAUCUGGCUGCCGUGCACCACAUACCCAAGAAGGAGCUAAAGCGCAUGUGUCCAAAAGCAACGGUCAAGCACUGGGGGUCUCUAGACCCCCUCACCAUUGGCGCCUUUGCUGAGUUCACACCCUACCAAUUUGUGCACUAUUUGAAGCAGCUCUCCCAGCCAGAGGGUCGCAUCCACUUUGCUGGAGAGCAUACCGGCCUGCCCCACGGCUGGAUAGACACUGCUAUCAAGUCUGGCCUCCGGGCUGCCAAGGACAUUCAGGCCAUGGUGGACGAGGAGGUUACUCAGGGACAGAUGCCUCGCUAG